AUGUCUCAUGUUGCUUUGCAAAGUGGAGGUUACGAGAGAAUGCCAUGUCAACUUCGAGAUGUCUACAACGGGGUUCUUGGUGCCAAGCGAGAAGAAAAGAUAGAGACGGACUCGGAAGGAGCAUUGGGAUUUCUUGAUUAUGGAAACUCACGUGUCGACUAUGUGGCUUUUGGGGAUGUACUAGGGUUUGAUACCACCUACAUGACAAAUGAGUACAAUAAGCCUCUCACUGUUCUCAUUGGCGUAAACCACCAUUUCAACACAUGCAUCUUCGGGUUCGCUCUACUCCUCCACGAGAAGCUUCCAUCCUAUCGUUGGCUACUUCAAAAAUUUCUCGAAUGCCAUGGAGAUAAGAAGCCAAAUGUUGUAGUUCCUGACCAAGAUGUGGCCAUGAAACGGGCCAUCAUGGAACACAUGCACGAUGUGACACACCGUCUAUGUGCUUGGCAUCUCAAUACAAAUGCUUCCAAAAAGGUUAAAGAUCCGAUCUUCUUGAAAAUAUUUAAAGAUCUAAUGUACAACUACUACGAGGAGGAGGAUUUCGAAGCAAGAUGGUUAGACGUCGUCGAAACCCAACAACUAACAGAUAAUGAAUGGUGCCAAACAACAUUCGACACAAGAAAACGAGUGGGCGAGAAACUUAUUUAA